UCUCAUAGUGCAGCAAGAACACUCGGUGUUUAGUUGGAGCGUGAGCCCAAGUGAGUAGUGUACGCGUCCGUGUGGUUUUUUGCGCGCAGUAGUGCCAGAAUCGGUGUGAUGUUGUGCGUGCGGGCCGGCGCGGCCAUGGGGGCGCCCCGGUGAUCCGCCCCCGCAGAGGGUGCCAUGAGCGGCGGCGCUCUGCCCCCCGUCCCGGCCCUCAUCCCCAUCGCGCUGCUCAAGGGCCCCCAGCGCCCCCACGAGGUUAUGGGCGAGCAGCGCCCGCGGCGGCCGGGGCGGCAAGCUUGCGAGGCGAUCGAUAGCGCGCAGUCACGUGGGCCCAGCGCCGCCCCACAGCCGCCGCCGCAGUCCCGGAAGGCUCGGUCCGAGCGCCACCGCAAGUCAGACCGCCGACGCAAGCGAGCCCGGUCGCGCAGCAAGCACAGCCCCAGGUCGCCGCCGCCGUCGCCGCCGCCGCGAGUGAACCCCAUCUUCGUGUGGGUGCGCCAGGAAGACACGCGCAUCGUGGACGUGAAAUGCGAGGACUACGACAAGCGGAACCGCAUCCUCCUGACGAAGACGGCGCAGGGUUGGCGCGCCAUCCCGCGCACGGAGACGCUGCCGCUGCGGGAGGCGGCGGAUAGCCGCCGCCACCACCGCCGCCGCAAGAGCAAGGUGCGGCAGCGCUCGGCCGCCGUGCAGGUGGACGUGGACGGACACCGGCCGCCGACGCCGACGUGGGCGACGCCGGUCAACGUCGAGUCGUUGCUGCCGUCCCACAAGAUCCACGUCCCGCAGAAGUGCCCGAGCCCGGUCACUGAACACAACGUAAACAGUGUCGUGGACGGGAGUGCGCAGACUCUGCCGGAAAAGUGCAGUGCUGCGAAAAUAUGUGACGUCAGCCCCUUGGAUAACCUCCUCGCGGUCGCCGAGUUCGAGUUCAACCAGCACAUGCAGUCGGGGGAGUGGGACAAGGCGCAGGAUGGGGACCACGAGACCGACGACGAGAAGGCCUUCAUCAACAACAUGGAGCAGCUGAGCAGCUUGAUCGAGUCGUGUUCGAAAGAGGAAAGCGACGACCCGAGGCGCAAGCAGCAGGCGAAGAGCGAAGACUGCGAUUACACGGAAGACGACGACAAUAACCUGGCCAUGGACGACAUCCUCACGAGGCUGGAGCAGUCGCUGCGCAGCCCGGAGUGCCCCGAAAUCGCGCAGGUGCUCAACUACGAGACCAAGCUCGACGAAGACAUCAAGUGCUUCCCGAGCGACAUCAAUGACAUCAACGACAUCAACGACAACAACUACAAGUCCGUACCUGACGACGAGAUCGAGAAGUUCUUCGAGGAGGCGAAAAGCGCUUCCGACGCCGAGGCCAACCCCAAGCCGGAGUCAUCCACCCCCGGCGAGGACGAGCCCACCGAUCUGUCGCUGAAGCCGAAAUUCGACGACGACAACCAGCCGACCGAUUUGACCGUCCCGAAGAGCGCCUCCUCGCCGGCGAGAUCGGCGACGCCCCGGCCGCCCUCUCAGAACUCCGAGGCCAUCCAGUCGCCCCAACCGAGCGGGAUCCCGGCGGUUCCCCCUUCGCCCGACAUAGUCUCCACCAGUGCCAACUGCAAGAACAAAUCAGUAUUCCUCGAGUCCCUACUAAGCACGGCCUCGCAGAAAAUCGCGCUCAACUCGGAGGUGACCAUCAUCAAACAGAAGGAGCCGCUCGACCUAGGGAAGUGUCGAAAGUCGGCCAGCCCUACGGUGACGUGCUCCGAAGAAGUGAAGAACGCCUCCGAGCCGGAGCCACCGAGCAAAAAGUUCAAGCCCGACGACAUCACGCUGAAGAACCUGCUGGAUAUCGAGCUGGCGAAAGCCGAGAGCAGCAAAACCCAGGCGAAGGCGACCGCCCCCGAAACCCCCAGAUUACUCGAGCUGCUAAAGACUGAUUCGGGGCCCGAUCCCCUCGCGCAGUUAAGGCAAAUUCUCUCCGAUACGAAUCUAAAUGUUCCUGAUCCCAUGCUCGUACCGAAGGAGAGAUUGAGCCAGAUUAUCUCGCAGCCGGGCCGCGAGAUCCCCAGGUUGUUAAAACAAAGACCGGAACUAAGAUUACCGGAAGCCUUGGCCUUUCCACAUCUCCUCCAAGAUCCGGAUAUUCUCGUAAUCACCCUCCAACAGCUCGAAACCAUAAUACUCAAACAGAACCAGUCGCUGAACCUCAAAGACAUCAAAACCACUCUAGAGGGAAAGCUGGCGGAGAAGAUCCCUCCGAAGCAGCCCGAGAAAACCCCGGAAACACCGAAAGAGAACCCCGGGAAGAAAAAGGGCGAGGAGGGGUCGAGUAAAUCCGCGUCGCAGAAGGGCGGCUUCAACGAACUAGCGAACGAUAUUGACGCCGCCACCACCGCCGCCUUCAACCAGAUGAUCUGGCUGCCGUACCUCAACCAGCUCGAAGCCAUGUCGUUCGGCAACAACGCUGACAUGAUGAAGAUGCUGUCGAACACGCUGCCGAUGUACCCCGGGCAGGUCCCGGAGCUGAACCACCUCAUGGGGGGCGGGCGGUUCCCGCCCCCGGUGAACUUCCCGGUGCAGCAGCCCCCGAUGAACUACAACGCCCUCGAGAUGUCCAUGUGGCAGGAAGCCAUGCUGCAAGCCAACAUGCUGCGGCCUAAGCACCCCUUCGAGGGUCUCAACCCCAAGAACACGUUCAGAGACUACCUGGACAAGCUGAACUUCGCUGCAUCAGCGAAACCUUCCGGCUUAAACAACCACAAGAUGCCCCCGGCGAUGGUGAACAAGCCCAACCACCCCAGCAACUACUACCCCUCAGGAACCAACGGCCACGGCUCGUUCCAGAACUCCUUCUUGAACCUGCCGAACUCGUACCAGGGCGGCAAGCAGAUGAUGCCGCCGUUCAGCCCGCUGUACAACCAGAAGAACCUCCUCCAGAAGACGCCGUCGCACCCGUAUUUACCGAAACAGAAGUUCGACCCCAAGGCCGGCUACCCCUUUUACCACCAGAGGGAGGAGAAGCGGCACGAGCACAAACAGAAGGCGGCGUGCAAGUCGUUCGCCGGCGCCUCGCACCACAAGGCCGCCUCCAGCGAGCCAAAGGAGAAGGCGGCGACGAACGCAGACUUUUCCAAGCACCACACGCAGCCGAUUGAUCUUUCUGGUUCAACGGCACCGGCAGCCAAGCUGAAGGUUAAACAACACCUCAUCGAUCCGGUGAACGCGUCCAAGUUAUUAAAGCACGAUGACGUUCCCGAAGUCGGCAGCACGACCGCCAGCGUCGAGGAAAUGCAAGACGCACACAAGCAUCUCUGGCAUCCGCUGUUCGGAAACCAAAAGGGCUACCACAGCCCUUGGAAUUGGACAACGGUGACAGCCACCGGAGAAUAACAUCGGCUUCAGCCUCCACAAACCUGGAGGAACUCAACUUCGUACCAAAGCGUCAAUAACGACGCUGCCUUCACAGGGUUCGACUUCGACUAUUUUUCCAAAUGAGAGGUUAGUUUCGUUCGUUUCCGUUGUUCUCUCGACUCAUACUUAUUGUGAACCGGCAAAUCGCUGCUCUUAUUCACAAACAAUGGAGGUAUACUCAAUUCACACCUAAAUCAACGCACGCUCGAUUAAUAAUUCAUCCCGGACUAUGAUUAGAAUUUGUAAUUCUGUUACGAGACAUUUACAUACAAUUUUAGAACUUAAUUUCCAUUUUAAAUGCGCCAAUAAAAGGCUGCUCCCCAUUUAAAAUCAGUGCUUUGAUGAUGCUUUUGAUAUUUAUUAAUGUCGAUUGGCUUCGGAUGGAUAUCGCAUCAUCCAGCGGGAAAAU